GCCCUCGCCGCCUGCCCGAGGAGGGGGACGCCGUCUGCGGCUGCGCCGGGGACGGGGGCGCCAGGGAGGCCCUGGGCCUGCUCCUGGGGGCCUGGCGCGACGACUCGGGGUGCCUUCACGAGGUCCUCCAUGCGUCCGCCAGAGCCUGACAGUGCUCAGCACGAAGGGGGACGGCACGGUGAUCACCUCGAAAGGGCGCGUGAGCAUGAAGCCCGACGGCAGCGGCGAGAUGCGCGUGCUCUGGGGCGUGACUCACGUCCUGAGCGAGGUCGUCACGCCCCAGCAGGGGUUCCCGCUCCGGGCGAGGUGGUCGGCAAAGAGCGCGAGGGGCAAGAACUUCGCGUGGGAGAAGCAAGAGGCGCAGCCCGGGGCUGCCGGGGCGCCGAGGGCGUAGGGGGGCUCACCGGGCGGCCGCGGAGCGCGGCGAGUGGCGCGCUGGCGCUCCGGCGCCUGCUGCUUUUACCCUUGCUCCGCCCUCUGCCCCGCCACCUGCAAGUCUCAGAGGAGGAUAUGAUACCGACACCGAUCUGCUCAGGCCGAAAACAGCCAAGCCGAAUUCGUCGUGACACCGUCGCGAGAACGGGGUGCCGGCCUACCCUCCUCGCCCUGCACCUGGGCGGCAGAGCCUCUCCGACCUCGCCGUCCUCGCCGACGGCGGACUCCAGUCCGCAGAGGACCCUGCGACAGGCAGCAACUCGAUGGCCUUGUUUCCACCGCCAGGCAAAAAG